AUGGCUUUCGAGAACAGGCCCUUCACGCGAGUGAUAAUUGUCGACCUCGAACAUGAUCUUAGCUAUAAUGAAGCUGGUGUUGCUCAAGCAAUGAACAGUCAAUUCAGACAAUCCUUAGACGGCUACAGAAAAUGUACAGUAAUCUGGCAGCCGCUUGAUAACUAUAACGAAACGACUAUGGGCUCGCCGGUUGGAAGCAUCGGCCUAGUGCAUUGGAUUGAGGGACGCUAUACCGAGGCCUUCGACACAUUGCAUGAGAUCAAGAGGAUAUACGAACGUAACUACAGCGUUGAUGAUACCAGGACUUUCAAUAUGAUGGCCGGGCGCUUAAUCAAUGAUAAGCCACUCUAG